AUGUGCAUCAAAAUAAUUUGUUUCUCCUCAUUUGUAGAAGUCAACUAUGAUGGUCCAGUACCUACAACAAAAUCAUUUGUAAAACUUCAACCGUCAAGCAAGAAACGUUUUUGUCGACAGUCUACCAAUGUUUUAAAACAUAUUCUUGGUAUAAUGUCACCUAAUGAUGAUACUAAUGUUAUAUGGCAAACGAAUAUAGAAAAUUCAACGCAAAUCUCUUUAUCUAAUGGAAACCUAGACAAGAAUUUACGUUUAAUAUUGACUAGUCUUGCCGAAGCCUACAAUGCUGCAUCUCAUUGGACGGUUCGUCAACAAAUUCUUUCGAUCAUGGCAAAUGAUGUUACCUUUUCAACAAUUCUUAUGUUUAUUCCGAAUUUAACAGAAUAUCGUUAUUAUAGAGCUCGUCGAUAUGCCAAAUCUACAGGAAAAGGUGUUGUUGUCGACGAUACCAGAACUCCAACGAUUCGAUAUGAAGAUUAUCAAUUAGAGCAUUUUAUUGAAUUCAUUGUUUCUCCACAUAUUUGUACUGACUUACCUUUUGGACAGAAGGAACUUCAUCUUUCAACCGGUGAAACUAUUCUUAUUCCACUGACAAUCCGCAAUUUAGCACCACAACGUAUCAUUACUCAAUAUUAUAAUUACUGCAAAGAAUAUUAUAGUAACACAUUUCGUCCAUUAGGCCAAAGUUCACUUUUUUCAAUAUUAAAUCAAUGUACGGCAUCAACUCGUCGUUCCUUACAAGGAUUAGAUAGUUUUUCGGCCGAAGGAUCAACAGCAUUCGAUUUUUUAAUAUCAAUUGUUGACGGAUUGUCAACAUUAGGCUUGCCAUCAAACAGUGCAGCUGAACUAAAACGAGAUCUUCAAGACAGUCGAAAUUAUUUGAAGUCCGAUUACAAGGUUCAUAUUUCACGCAACAAUCCAGUUCCAGAUCAUUGCUCCGUCUAUGCUCUAAGCGAUGCUGCUGAUAAAUGCUGGUAUCAAGCUUGUGAUCAUAAUCAUGAUCAACAAUGUGAUCAAUGUGAAUUGCUCAAAAUUACUCUGGCUAAAAUUCGAAAAUAUAUUGAAGAAUAUCAAUCGGACGUAGCAAUGCGUGAUCGUUUACUUUAUCGUGUACAACAGCAAAUUCGAUGUAUUGAAGACUGGAAAGCCCAUCUAUUACGUACAAUUCAUCAAGACCAAUCUCGUAUAGCCAUUUUAAACAAUCUCGACGACGAAACAAUCAUGAUUCACGUUGAUUGGGCCAUGAAAUGGCUUCCAGUUAAGUAUAGAGAAUCAACAGUAAGUUUUCAUAUGCAGCGAUGUACCGAGAUCGAACCUCUCGGCAUUGGUUUGCGUGGUUCCGGUCAGUCUCGAGUGGAUCAUUGGUUAUGUGUGAAAGAUCACUUUGCCAAAAGAGGUUUAUCAUGGCACAUUGCUUAUGUAAUUCGUAAAACAUCUUCAAGAUCAUCAAAUUCACCUAAUACAUCAUUUGAUUCGACAGAAGUUGCCAACCAACAUAGUUCAAAUGAUGAUAUAUUUCAGCAUAAAAUAUUUUGCCAUGUAUUUGAUCAAUGCGUACAAAAUGCUAAAACAGUUGUAUCAAUUAUUCGACAUAUAUUUCUAUGUCUUCGGCAAACAGCACCCAAUAUUAAAUAUGCACAUCUAAGAUCCGAUAACGCUGGAUGCUACCAUGGUUGUGAGACGUUAUUGAGCGUUGAGCAAUUGUUCAAAGAUACAGGAAUAUGGAUAAGAUCCAUUGAUUUUUCAGAUCCACAGAGUGGAAAGGGGCCAUGCGACAGGAUAGCAGCUGUGAUCAAAUGUUUAAUUCGUCGCUUUAUUGAUGAAAAACACAACUGUACAAAUGCGAUUGAAUUUCUGAAAGCUUCGGAAAGAACGAAAGGAGUAGAAUUCUAUGCAAGUGAAGUUCAAAAUAUACAUAAUGAAAAAAUCGAAUGGAAAGGCGUGAAACAAAUCAAUAACAUUGAAUAUAUACAACGUCAAACAACAUCGUCUACAAAAAAAUCAACUGAACUUCGUGUUUGGCAAUAUUGGAAAGUUGGUCCCGGAAAAUUAUAUCGAUUAUGUGAUUUGCAGAAGAACAAUGUAAAAAUCAAUCCUUUGAACGUAUUUUUUUCAACAAAUGUUUCAGUACCAUGGGUUAAUGAUUAUUACGAAAAAGCUGAUAAAGAUUAUCCAAAUGAUACAUAUUCGGAUGCUGGCAGUAGCAGCGAAGAAUUAAGUGAAGACGAGUCAAAUGUGAAGAAUGCAUCAGAAGAUCAUUGUUAUGCAUUUGAUUGUCAAGUUAAUGGUUGUGUUGCACGUUACCGUUACUAUGCUAAUCUUCUUCGGCAUUAUACGACUGGCAAACAUAAGAUGAAACUUGAAAAGCAUUCUCUGAUUGACAAAAGUAAAAUUCUUUUUCAUCAAAGUUUAACAACAAAUCAUCUUCGUUCAACUCCCUUGUUAUCAAUCACUGUUGUGUCACCUGUCAACAGCUCAACAAUUCCACCACUUACUCAACACUGGGCUUCUCAGAAAAACAAGCCGAACGUACGUUUUAACGACAAAUAAAAACAAUUUCUUCAACAAAAAUUCAAUGAAGGUGUUGAAACUGGAAGUGAGUAACAUAGCCAUAUUAGCUUACAGAUGGAUGAUUUUUCUACAGGUCGUUCAGUUUAUUUUGAAACGAUUUGCAUGCAGUUUUUCUUCGUUAUUAACUAAUAUAGAUCGCAUGGUUCUCAUGUCAGUUUGUUCCGCUGACACUCAAGAAGCUGUCAUGAUAUUUAUAUUUUAGACAAACGAAUGCCUCGUAAUAAAAUAUUUGACAUAUCAAAGGGGUCGUCAAAUAUCUUUUGACGAAAAAGUAUUCGUAUUCUGUGAUACAACAAGAAUUAUCUGAAAUGAAUCUUAAUGUAUCAAAAAGUACUAUUAGUCAUAUUGCUAACAAACUGGG